AACAGUGGUUGCCUACCUUUUUCGGUUACUGUACCACUCCUUGGUCAUGACUCUGUUCUAUUACAUUAACGUUACAAGAGUCAAUGGACGAAGGCGUGUUCUGUAGGGGGAAGUUUUGUUAAGAGCCCUGAUGCUCGAUUUGAACAUUAACAUGCAUCGCUUGCACUACGGGUUUGGAAGCAUAACGGACCUUACUUCAUAUCAGCGAGAAUAUUUUUUUUUUUAAACAGGUUAAAUUGAUACACACCUUGUUAGUGUUCCCACACGGCAAUAUAUCCAUGUUACAGCGCUUGUUUACGGAAAACAGACGGAAGACGAGGCUAUUUAGCAAUUAACUAUCUAGCAUGCUCUGAACACCUGUGUGUAAGUGUAACUCGGGAAGUGUAGCGGAAGAGUAGUUUCCUCGUAUGGAGCCACUCAUAGCUGUAUGGAUCUGUGCAAAACUGCUACAUGAUCCAUGGGGGCAAAUAUUGCAGUAAGGUACCUGUACCACCAGUACAGAGAGUCAUCCUGCAUUUUGACCUGGACUGUUUCUAUGCCCAGGUUGAAAUGAUCCGCAACCCAGCAUUGCGGAAUGUGCCUUUAGGUAUUCAACAAAAGUACAUCAUCGUCACCUGUAACUACGUGGCCAGGGACCUUGGUGUGACAAAGCUGAUGUUAGUGACGGAUGCCAAAGAGAAGUGUCCUCAGCUCGUGCUGGUCAAGGGAGAGGACCUGACACACUACAGAGAGACAUCUUACAAAGUCACAGAGUUGCUGAUGUCGUUCUGUCCAUUAGUAGAACGGCUGGGGUUUGAUGAGAACUUCAUGGACAUCACAGAGAUGGUGGAGAGGAGGAUAGAACAGAACCCAGAGUCUGCUCACUAUUCAUACGAAGGCCACGUUUACAAUCUUGACACCUCAGAUGCCAAAGUCAUGGUACACCCUAGACUAGCGGUGGGCUCACGUAUCGCAGCUGAACUGAGAGCAGAGAUCCACAGCAAGCUGGGCCUCACUGGCUGUGCGGGCAUUGCUACCAGUAAGCUGCUGGCCAAACUGGUGUCGGGCGCCUUCAAGCCAAAUCAACAAACCACACUUUUGCCAGAGAGUGUGAAAGACAUUAUGGGCAGUCUAAAUGGUUUACGUAAAGUACCAGGAGUAGGCCACCAGACUGCUAAGAGGCUUCAGGCCCUGGGAUUGGUUAGUGUGCAGGACCUGCAGCUCUUUCCAUUGGCUGACCUGGUGAGGGAGUUUGGAGUUUCCACUGCUCAGCGUCUCCAGAACCUGGCUUUGGGCAUCGAUGACACUCCAGUCACCCCCACUGGUGCUCCACAGUCUCUUAGCGAUGAAGACUCCUUCAAGAAAAUGUCCUCAACCAAUGAAGUUUGGCAAAAGGUUAAAGAUCUGUUGAGUAGCAUUUUAGACAGGAUGCAUAAAGAUGGCAGGCAGCCUUUGACCCUUCGACUGACCAUCAGGCGUUACUCUGCAACCAACAAGUGGUUCAGCCGGGAGAGCAGGCAGUGUCCCAUCCCCAACCACAUUGGGCAAAAGAUAACCUCUGGCAACUGUGAUGCCUUGGCCCAGCUGGUCAGCAUGGCCAUGAAGCUCUUCCACAAGAUGGUGGACACCAACACAGCCUUCCACCUCACCCUCCUCAAUGUGUGCUUCAGUAACCUGCAGGCCAAGUGUGCUGCUGUCAGCAAGGGAUCCAUCGCCUCCUUCUUCACACACAGAUCUCCUGAGAAAACACAGGCCUCCUCUCGGUGCCAGGAGGAUCUGUCUCAAAGUGUGCUUGGUAACCUCAGGGGACAGGUUGGAUCUGAUGUUGAAGGUAAGACAGAGGAGUUGACUGGUCAGGAUGCAUCACACUGGAUACCAGACAUACCUAGCAACCUUAAGAUCAAGCCUUACACACAGUCAACAAUGCAUAACCCUGAGGCCUCCCAGCAGCGGCCUAUGGUGGGUGAGUGCUGCAUAGGUGGAACAGUAGAUGAUAAAAGGACCAACAGUCCUGGGAUGACAGAUGUUCCUCUGUUGCCCCCCAACAUUGACCCUGAGGUGUUUAGACUCCUGCCUGAGGACAUCCAGAAGGAACUGUUAUCAGCUGCCUACCCAGAGACCGCCCAUGGCCUCCACAGCCAUAGCACUCAGUCCGUCAGACCCACAGUAUCUGAUCCAGCAGACAGAGCCCACUCAUCUCACCACAACCAUUCAGAACAGCCUGCCUCUCUCUCUCAGCCUGCUGCAUGCAAACUUAAUGACUCAUUUCACAGCACUCGCAUAGACCUAAGAGAAACUGUGAAGGGCUUUGACAGACAGCCCAAUGCACCGACAACCAACAACCAACAAGAACACACAGUCUCCUCCCUGCAGUAUUCACUCACUGACCUCUUGGAGGAGGGAAACUCCUCUACAGGCCUCGUGUCACAGAGGCAGUCGGCUGACUGUGGUUUCCCAGGAAACGUGGACCCCAAGGUGUUCUCAGAACUACCUCCAGAGGUUCAGAGAGAGCUACUGUCUGAGUGGAGACAACAGAUACCUGUCCUUAAGAUUUCCUCCUCUUUGAAAAAACAGGGCAAAAGCCCCCUGGCCAGAGAGAAGAAGGCUCCAGCUAAAAGCAGUCAGGCUAAUGACUUAUUGAAGUAUUUCAAACCCAGCUCAGGUUAGAAUGUGUCCGUUAUAUCAAAGGUCACUAUGUGGUGAUUAAGAAUUUGGACAAAUAUUCAAAUCAUUCUCUUUUAUUUUUAGGAUGUUCAGCAAGUGAGAUUCAUACAGUUAUUUUAGUCAAUGAAAAUAUAAGGAAUUGAAUGUUAAAAUAUACAUUUUUUCAAUCUGUGUUUUACAUUUUGUAAGCAUAUGGUAAUGUUCCAAGAAAUAUGUAAAUAAAGAUAAUUUCCUUA